AUGAUUAAGGGAAUUUUCUACAGCAAAUUCGACACGCAAGAGGGUCCCAAAGUCGUUCACCAAGUCCCCGACGGAGCCAUUGUUCCCUCCUCCACCGCAUCGACACAACCCCUCUACCUGACCUUCUCCGACAUAUCGUUCUUCGUGAUUCCCCGCCAGGAGCUCUGCGGCAAUCUGCUCCAGGUUUGCACAAAUGGAUAUCGUAUUCUGGGCUAUCCAAUCUGCAUGAAGUCAGCUCGUUAUGAUCGCAAUGAAUUUAUCUUCAAUUUUUGUCUCGUGUUGUCUGAAGAGGAUGAUUUCAGCACAUACAAAAGCGUGGUGCGGAAGUUGGCCGACUUGAUGCACGCUCUGGAAGAGCAGAGCGGCUUCUUGUCACGCGAUUUCUCCAAAAGUGGCGAGGGGAAGGUACAUAGUCUCUGUGAAAUGCUAAUGGAGGAUCUCAACAACUAUUGCGAGUGCAUGAUUCCUAUUGACGAGCUCAACACAUUGAACAUAAAGCUCUUUCCAAUAUACCCUUCCCCACCGGCUGUCAAGGCCUGGUACGUCCCACUGUUCACAGUGCGUUACCAGGCCUUCAUGGACGAGAAUUGGGACUUGACCAUGCAACGAGUCGUUCCACAUAUCAACGGUGUCAACAGUAUCCGGAUCAUAUCUCUCCUAGCAGAUACCGACUUCUCUCUGACGUGUCGCGCUAUCCGCCAUCUCCUCUACUACGGCUGUGUCUUCCUCCUCGACAUAUUCUCCUUCUCAGCCAUCUAUGCCCCAACAGCCCAAUUCAACGGCACCAUCGCCUCCGAUGAAGCAAUGCAACUCGAAUGCGCCCGCUACGUAAAUACCCGCUUCGCACCACACAGCCCCAUGGCACCCUCCACAUCCCUCCCCCCACCAACAGCCGCCGUCGCCGCAACAAGCAACGGCAGCGCAAACACCACCAUCGGCGCAAUGCCCCUGGUCAGCCCAGCCCCCAGUCUAUCCCGCGACGACUCCCGUUUCGACGCAGAAGAAAUCUGGCCGGUACUGGGCGAUCUGGAAGACAAAUCACACAGCCCUGAGAGCACGAAUCCAAGUAUUCCUCAAGGCCCGCCUGUCGUGGACGGCGUGGGGAUGGUAGAACUCUAUGCCGGGCUGAAGCAAGGGCAGAGUAUAAAACAGUGGUACGGACAACAUAGCCGCGAACUUGCAAAUAUUGAUAUACGACGCUUCAUUACCUUUGGCGUGAUUAAGGGCUUUUUAUAUCGCGUGCACAAAUACGCUUGUGCAACAGGCCAACCGGCGCCUGCACCCCGAAACCCUUCUCCGCUUGUUUCUGGUCCUGGCGGGGUGGGUCUGGGGACAAGUGUGGCGAAUACGCCGGCGUAUUUAUCUACCGGGCCUUCUUCACGUACUACGACAGGGAACAAUACGCCUUAUGCAUCCAGUGUUGCUGAAGAGGCGCCGAUAUUCUCUGGUGGUGGAAGUAGACAGGACGGGUCGCAUGAACGGACUUCUAGCUUUCAUAGUGGAAGUCGGAGUGGAGGGAGAGUUGUGGGGAAUGCGCCGUUGGGCGGGUUGUUUGAGGACGAGGAGGAUGGUAUCGAUGAGCGGUUGUUUGGACGGUAUCUUGAUGGGACACAUUGUUUUGAUCAGAUCUGCACAGAAUUGGAGAUAAGUGAGCGAGAGCUGACAGGACGCUUGAAGAGGUUUCCUGGGGAGGUGGUUAUUAUCCACCGGUGA